GCAUUAAACUCCCAACCCCAGAAUAUAAAAGCCCCCAUCACUCGCCAAUCAAAAACCCUAGAGCGAGCGAGAGGGCACGAUAUAGCUUCACAAAUCUUCAUUCUCUCUCAGUCGCGGCCGCCUCUGCAACCUGAGACCCAAACAUGAAGUUUAACAUCGCCAACCCCACCACUGGGUGCCAGAAGAAGCUCGAAAUCGACGAUGACCACAAACUGCGGGCCUUUUUUGACAAGAGAAUCUCCCAGGAGGUUAGCGGAGAUGCUCUUGGAGAGGAAUUUAAGGGCUAUGUUUUCAAGAUCAUGGGAGGUUGCGACAAGCAAGGUUUCCCCAUGAAGCAGGGAGUGUUGACCCCUGGCCGUGUUCGCCUCUUGCUACACAGAGGCACUCCUUGCUUCCGUGGUUAUGGAAGGAGAAACGGUGAGAGGAGGAGGAAGUCUGUUCGUGGGUGCAUUGUCAGCCCCGAUCUCUCUGUUUUGAACUUGGUGAUUGUGAAAAAGGGUGACAAUGACCUCCCUGGAUUGACUGACACUGAGAAGCCUAGGAUGAGAGGACCCAAGAGGGCAUCUAAGAUCCGUAAACUCUUCAAUCUCUCAAAGGAGGAUGAUGUUCGCAAGUAUGUCAACACAUACCGUAGAACAUUCACAAACAAAAAGGGCAAGGAAGUCAGCAAGGCUCCCAAGAUCCAGAGAUUGGUCACCCCGUUGACUCUGCAAAGGAAGAGAGCUAGAAUUGCUGACAAGAAGAAGAGGGUUGCAAAGGCCAAGUCUGAGGCUGCUGAGUACCAGAAGCUCCUUGCAUCAAGGUUGAAGGAGCAGAGGGAUCGGCGAAGUGAAAGCUUAGCCAAGAAGAGGUCCAGGCUGUCCGCAGCUUCAAAGCCAUCCGUUGCAGCAUAGAUCCGUGCUCGAGUGAUCUAAUUUUGGUUAAAAGUAAGAAAUGGAUGUUACUGCGUUGUCUUAGUAUUUUUUUUUCCAGUUUUUGUGCUACUUGAUGACUGCUUAAAGUGUUUGCUUUAUUGCUGUUGAGGUUAUUGGAAUUUUCACUAUGAAACUUUCCCGUUUUAUUAAUAUUUUGGAGCUUUUUAUUCAA